GUCCCCUUCGUCCUCCCAGGCUGGUUCUCCGAGUUGACGCAGUGGGUAGGCUGCACAGGCCUACAAGAGAAGCUUCAUGUGGUGCCGAAGGGGGCCCUCCUGAGAAAAGCACGAACCAGGGAGGAGAUCCUGAAGUGGAGGGGCACAUCCUUCUGCUACCCCCCCUUUCCCGAAGAUGACAGCACAAUUCAUUGCAAUGGAGAAGACCAUCGAGGCCUCUGAGCUGCUGGAGAUGGUAGUGGAGACUGAGGCCGGAGCCGGGGCCCGGGGGCUGAGCGUGGCCGGUGGAGGGAAGGAAGGCCUUUUUGUGAAGGAUGUGCUCAAGGACUCUCCAGCUGCGCGAGUGCUGAGUCUCCAGGAAGGUGAUCAACUCCUGAGUGCCAAAGUUUACUUCGACAACAUCAAGUAUGAAGACGCCCUGCAGAUCCUCAAGUGUGCCGAACCAUACAAAAUCUCCUUCUGCCUGAAGCGGGUGAUUCCCAGCGCAGACGUCUCUCGCAAGCCUGGAGCCACAGUCUUUGAAGUGAAAGGUCCCAAAGCCAAGAUGGCCAAGCUGAACAUCCAGGGUCUCUCCUCCCUGAAAAGGAAGAAGAAAAAGAAGAAGAGGAGGAGGAUGGUGGCACAGAGCCUGGAGGAGACGGAGGCACCCCUGGCAGCCAGGAAGCCCGAGGUGGCCCCAGUUGAUGUGGAGUUCUCCUUCCCCAAGUUCUCCAAGCUGCGCAAGGCCAGGAGUGCUGGAGAGGUGGCCGUGGCUGAACCAAGCCCAGGCAUUUCGCGGAAGUUGUCUUCUCUGGAGACAAAGCGACACCGACUGAAGUUCCCCCGCCUGAAGGUCAAGGACGCAGUUGCGGCCGAGGCCCACCUUGCCAUGGGUCUGCCACAUGCUGGUCUGGAAUUGAAGGAGGCAGGCAGGGGAGGAGGUGAGGGGAAGAUGUUCCGAUUCACCAUGCCUUUUUCCAAAACAAAGAAGCCCAAGGAAGAAGCCAGGGCAAAAAUGGAAACAGGAUUCCAAGCCCCGCAAGUAGAGUUUGCUCUGCCUAAGAUGGGGGCUCAGGAUGAGUCUCUUGAGGCCAGCCCCGAAGGCAAGAGCCUCGCGGUCUUAGAAUCUCUGUUCGGGUGGCCCAAAGUGGAGGCUGCCCCGCCCAAAGGAAGCGCCAGUGCCCUGGAGACCCACCCAGGUCUUCUCCAGGCUGGGCUGAAGCUCCCUGCAGCCGAAGUGGCAGCUCCCAAGGUGGAUGUAGAUUUGGCCCUGCCCAGGUUGGAGUGUGCUGCCCCAGAGGCUGCCCCUAAAAGGGAGGGGCUCAGAAUCAAAGUCCCCAAGUUUGGGAUCUCUGCCGAGGAAGCAGAACUGAAGCUGCCCUUGAUGAAGGCUCCUGCCCUGGGAGAAAGUCAAAAAAAUGUUUUUGAGGACCAGCUGAGACCAGGAGAGGCAGUGCCUUCUCUGGGCAUAACAGCUCCCAGUGUGGAUCUAGAGCUCCCCUUUCCCAAGGGGAAGAAGGGCAUGGAAAGCCAUGAAAUCUUGGGCAAAGUCUCCUUGGUCAGCCUACCCCAGCUGGGCUCCAAAGCCCAAGAAGGAGGAGCAGGCAAACUGCCCCGGGUGGAAGUCAGCAAGGCAGACAAGAUGAGGGGCUCCGUAAUUCAGAUGCCUGGCCUGGAGAUUUCCCCGAGAGAGCAGCCUUUGGAAAGCCAAGAGGCAGCUGGAGUGGCAGGUGCUACUCAGGUGAAGCUCCCUGAGGUGAGGGUGCCCUCUCUUGACAUCUCUACCCCCAAAGUCCAGAAUAUGCAUCUUUGCAAGGCCCUGGGGGAACCGGCUGCCCCUUCUGGAAGGGCAAAACCCAAAGAGGCUGCCGAAGGGGCUGGAUUUAAGCUUCAAAUGCCUCAAAUAUCCCUCCCAAAAUUUGAUUUCCCUGUCAAGGCAGUCCCCUCCCCGCCUUCAGUCCAGGUCAAAAUGCUGAAACCAGAAAGAGACCCCGGAACAAAGGUCAGCCUCCCAAAGGUGGAUGUAGAUUUGGCCCUGCCCAGGUUGGAGUGUGCUGCCCCAGAGGCUGCCCCUAAAGGAGGGCUCAGAAUCAAAGUCCCCAAGUUUGGGAUCUCUGCCGAGGAAGCAGAACUGAAGCUGCCCUUGAUGAAGGCUCCUGCCCUGGGAGAAAGUCAAAAAAAUGUUUUUGAGGACCAGCUGAGACCAGGAGAGGCAGUGCCUUCUCUGGGCAUAACAGCUCCCAGUGUGGAUCUAGAGCUCCCCUUUCCCAAGGGGAAGAAGGGCAUGGAAAGCCAUGAAAUCUUGGGCAAAGUCUCCUUGGUCAGCCUACCCCAGCUGGGCUCCAAAGCCCAAGAAGGAGGAGCAGGCAAACUGCCCCGGGUGGAAGUCAGCAAGGCAGACAAGAUGAGGGGCUCCGUAAUUCAGAUGCCUGGCCUGGAGAUUUCCCCGAGAGAGCAGCCUUUGGAAAGCCAAGAGGCAGCUGGAGUGGCAGGUGCUACUCAGGUGAAGCUCCCUGAGGUGAGGGUGCCCUCUCUUGACAUCUCUACCCCCAAAGUCCAGAAUAUGCAUCUUUGCAAGGCCCUGGGGGAACCGGCUGCCCCUUCUGGAAGGGCAAAACCCAAAGAGGCUGCCGAAGGGGCUGGAUUUAAGCUUCAAAUGCCUCAAAUAUCCCUCCCAAAAUUUGAUUUCCCUGUCAAGGCAGUCCCCUCCCCGCCUUCAGUCCAGGUCAAAAUGCUGAAACCAGAAAGAGACCCCGGAACAAAGGUCAGCCUCCCAAAGGUGGAUGUUUCCUUGCUGGCAAUGAAGGUGCCAGGUGUGCAACUUCCUAAGGUGCCAAAGCCAGAGCUGGGCAUUUCUGUUGAGAGGCCAGAAGUUGAGAUGACUGCUCCUCCAGCCCCACAGAGCUUUUCAUCUGCAACUGUGCCUGCGCUGGACAUUCAGCUGCCAAAAGUUGGAGUAGAGCUGGAUUUGGCGAAGCGUGAAAGAGACGUUUCUAAGCAGGGUGCUAAAGCCCAGGAGGCCACCCUAGAGACCCUGAGCAAAGACCUAGAGGUAGAAAUCAGUCUCCCAAAGUGUGUGGUCAGCCAACCUGAGCUGGAGCCAGGGAUGAGAAGCAUUGAAGGGCUGGCUCUUGCUGGGAUGGUAGCCAAAUUCCCGAAGGUGGACCUUGCCUUUGAGAAACAGCCAGCAGAUGCUGAAGGGACAAAGACUGACCUAGAAGGAGCCAAGAUGAAGCUGCCAACUGUAGAGAUCCCACCAAUAAGUCUCCCAGAGAUGACUACUGAUAGUCAGGUCAAGGCGAAAACAUCUCGAUUUGCCCUGUCCAAAUUUAGCAUUUCGGGCCCCAAAGUCUGGAGCAAAAUGAGCCCAGACGUUUUGGUGUCUGGAGUGGAGGGCAGAGAAGCUGCCGACUUGGGUACAAAGCUGAAAUUGCCAAAGUUUGGGAUCUCUUUCCCCAAAUCAAAAUGGGAAGCAGAGGCAGAAGAUGCCAAAUUAGCCCUUGAGAUUGAAGGGGAAGUGCCCAAGGAAAGGCUUGGCAAAACUACAGAGAGCAGAAUGAAGUUGCCCACAGUGGAGGUGGAUAUUGGCUACCCACAAGGCAUGGAAGGAUGUUCUGAUGGAGACAGGGAGGGAACCUCCCCUGAACUCCUCGGUGUCCAAUUUAAAGGGCCAAAACUCUCACUACCGAGCUUUGGGGGCAAAGGCAAGGAGGAAGAGUGGGGUGCCCUAGAGAGUGAGGAGGUAAAGUUACAAGGCAGCAAGGGGGGCUUGACAGGGCAGCCGGAGCCCAGGAUGUUGGAGAAGGACGCCAAGGCUUCCAAGUUCAGGAUAGCUUCUUUUGGCCUCAUGAGGAGAGAAGUGGAGGCCAAAGCCAAGAAGGUCCCUGGGAGUCCAAAGGAGAAGCCAAAAGGCCCAUUUGGGAAGAUGCCCCAGCUGAAGCUUUCCUCUCUGAAGGCCCAAGGAGAGAGAAGGAAGGUCCACCUUCUAGCUCCAGAACUAGAUGAGAAAGUCCUCCCCCAGGUAGAGUUGCCAAAGCUUGCCCCCAGAGCCAAGACGGGGCUGAUCCCAGAGCCAGAGAGCCCUGGGUUCAGGGUUCAGGUGCCAUCAGUGGAGAUUGCUGUGCCUAGUUCCAAAGCUGAAGGGGAGGCGACUGUGGAUAAACUGGCAGGAGAUGCAGCCAAGGUGGAGUUCCAGCAGCAGGAGGGAGAGCUCAAGAGGCCCAGAGCGCCUCCCAUCCAGGUGUCUGCUCCCACACUAGAGCUGGACGUUGGUUUGCCCAUGGCUGGUAAAGAAGAGGGCAUUCUCCAGGCAGCCCCUGGCACAAGUGCCAUAAUCAAGCUGCCAAAGGUGGAGCUGGCAAAACUUGGGAAGGGCGAGGUGGAAGAGGCAGAGGCAGCUGUGCAGUUCCUGGGGAAGGAAGGAGAGAAAGACCUAGAAGGGAUGGCUGAAGCCUCUGCCCUGGGCACCAAGGUACGGCUGCCCAAAGUGGACAUUUCCUUGCCCAAGGCCUGGCUGCCAGAGGUGGAGCUGCCUCCAGCCAAGGUGGAUCUUGGCCUGGAAGGGCCAGAAGCAAAAUUCAAGAUGCCUUCAAUGGAGCUGCCGAAACUCAGUGCCCCAAAAACGAAGGCUCCUGAGCUGGAGCUUGAUAUGGGUUUGGAUGGGGGAGGGGUGAUGCCCAAGGUCACAGUAGGCACUCCUUCAGUGAAGUGGCCUAAGUUUGGGUCCUUGGGCUCAGCAGGAGAAGGGCAGGGUGAGGAGGAUUUGGCCCAGAUCCCCCAACUGGAGUUGAAGCCUCCCAAAUUCAGAGGAAGGACAGAUGCCUUGGACUCUGAAACGGGGAUGAAAGAGGGCCAGCUAAAGGUGCCCACUCUGCCUCUUGGCCUUGGCAAGCUGGAAACAGAAGCUGGGACGGAAACCGAGGAGAGCAGAUUCAGGCUGAAGCUUCCGUUGCUCAGCGUCUCCAAGCCAGAGGCCGAGUUGAGCCUGGAUACACAGCCCCUCUGUUGUCUUGCCGAUGAGGCAGUGCCUGCCUUCAGGAUGCCCCAGAUUGCUUUGCCCGAUGUCGGCUUCUCUGGGGAUCAGGAGAGGGGAGAGGAGGCCAAGGCAGCAGGAGCAACAGACUUGGAGAGGGGGCUGGAAGGCAUGUUGAAGAUGCCCAAAAUCGGUAUCACUGCGUGUGGGGCAGUAGACACCAAGUGGGCCACAGGGAGUGCCAUUUGUCCAAGCCAGAGGGGUGCGGGUAGGGGAGAGCCAGAGGGGAAGAAAUCGGUUUUUAAGGUCCCUGGCUUGGAAAUUUCUGCUCCAAGUCUCAAAACUCAUGCUGAAUAUGAGGUCGGGGCCCCCCACACGCGGCAGAGGGGCUCCUUGGAUCUGGAAGGCGCAGGCAAGGAGGGCUGGAAGCCGACAGAUGGCCACUCAGAUGCAGGGAAGCGGCACAGGGUAAAGAUCCCCACGUUUGGCCUCUUCCUGCCCAGGGUGGGGCUGGAGGCUCCUGAGGGCCUUGUGGGGAAGGAGGCAGAAACCAAGGGGGGCUUCUUGGCCCUGGGGAGUGCCAAAGAGAAGGAAGGGUCUGCUGGGCUCCUGGCGAGAGAAGAGGAGAGCCAGGCCAAGGCUGCCAAACUCAAGCUGCGACCCCCCUUCGGGGUCUCCCUCUCCAGGCCCAAGUGGGCCACUGAACUCAAUGGGGAAGCCGAGGAGGAGGCUUCCUCCAGGCUGAAGGUGCCCAAGCUGGGUUUUUCCAAGGCCGAGGGACCUGCUCAGCUCCAGGGAGAGAGGGUGGAGGUGCUACUCCAGGAUGGGGUGAGCAAAUUGGGGAAGAUCCCGCUGCCCCAGGUGGAACUCCUGUCUCCCUCUAAGGGGGCUGAGACUGACCCAGAGCUGAGCCUCAAGCUGGUUAAGGCAGACGAGGCCAAGGAGGAAGCCCACUGUAGUGCCACAGCUCUCAAGGCUGCCAAAUUCAAGCCCCCCAGGAUUGCACUCUCUGGCUUCAAGAAGCGCAACGGGGAGUUGGCCCCCGAGGCUGUAACUGCACCCAGGCCCCAAGCGGGGGGGACAUCUUUGAAAACAACCACUAAAGGGGAGCCGUCCAGCAAGUUCAGGUUUCCAAAACUGGCGUUAAGCUCCAGAUCCCAAGAGGUGCUGGAGAUCUCCGAGCACCAGCAGGAUCAGGGGGGAGGCAACUUCAGGCUGCCUGCUGUGGCUUUCUCUGCAGAGAGUGGCCCCGAGGAGGGAGGGGCCCCUCCCAGGAAGCCCAUGGAAAAGGCGGCUCUCUGAAGGUGCUCCCCAGCCUGGCUCACACCAUGUAAGGUCAAGCACUAACCACGUUGGGGGGGGGGAUGCGACAGGACAUGCCUUGGCAGGGAGGGGCGGCUGGCUGGCACAGGUGUAGAGCUGCCUCUCUGAUGGGCUUCCCUUUUUAACUGCCCCUCCACCACGGGGGCCCUCCUGCUUUGCUCCAGGGCUGUGCUUUAAAAGAGGAAGCCAGCCCAGAAAGGGAUGCAGAUGCCCCUCUGCCUCCUGGGCACAGACUGCAUUUGGGACAAAGGUCUUACCUGCUUUUUCCAUCAGAAGACAGCCCCACUCCCAGCUCCUUUGAUAACAUUAAUUCUGUAACUUUAGAAUUGGGGUGGGGGUGGGGGUGAAGGAAGCUUUGAGUGGGGAAGGAGCUGGGGCUGCUCCAUGGUGUUUGCAAAAGGGAUUGGCCCUCAGGGGCAGGGCAGGCCUCACACUGAUGCUGCAAACAAGGGGAUGCCCCUCAUCUGGAGAGCUGAUGGGAGACAUGCCUGCGGGAGGAGGAUGCUGAGCCUGCGGGGACAAAAGGGCCGCCCAGGGGAGGCUGCUUCCACUGCCUUCACUUCGGAACCACCACCCCUUUGGUCUUCUUGUCCAAUGGUAUAACCUGGGAAUAGACCACCUGUGGCAUCAAGGGAGGCAAUGGCCCAGGGAAAUUGGGAGAGUUAAGGGCAGUUUAGGGGGCCUCUCCCUCUUCUCAGAUGGGGCAAAAUUAUUUCACGUGCUCUGAAUGUACAGACAUCUUUUAUUCUAAUGUUUAACCAAUAUGGCCUUCUGAAGUGGCCUUUUUUAAAAAAACUAAAAGAUCUGAUAACUGCUUCUUUCCCAAAAUUAUAAGCUGACCUUUUCUAAAACAUGUAAAGGAAGUUACACUAUCUCAGAUAGUCUGUUCUACAGCUGCUGCUUGUUUUCUAUCCCGGGUUUGAAUAAAAAUUAAUCUGUGAACUAAUUCCA